GCGAUCCACCAAUCUCGUCAGAGAGAAAUGGAGCCAUGGGGGAGAAGCGAUGGGUCCAGCGCCAAGAAGCCCAUGGCUCAGCCCAUGGCCGCCCUCGGCGCCGAACUCCUCGGGAAGAUACUCCGCCGCCUCCCCGACAUGGCGUCGCUCGCCAGCGCCGCCCGCGUCUGCAACCGCUGGGGCCGCGUGGCCUCCAACCCCGCCGUCUUCCGCCGCUUCGGCUCCCUCCGCAGGCCCCCGCACCGAUCGCGGCCGCGAGACGUUCCCCCUCUACUGCUCUGAUAUCUGCUUCAUCAAGGCCCCCUCGCGCAACAACCCCGAGCUGGCCUCCGCCGCGGCGGACGGCGACUUCUACUUCAUGCACCACCCCGAGGUCGACGACGAUGAGGAGUGGCGCCUCCGUGGCUGCAACGGCGGCUUCCUCCUCUUCUCUCUCGGCCGCUACAGCACGGACCUCGCGGUGUACGACCCUCUCGACCGGACCGCCGUCUUCUUCAAGCCGCCCCACGACUUCCGCCCGUUCCGCUACGCCAUCGUCGCCGACGAGGCCGACGCCUCGUUCCAGGUCAUCACCAUACAGCCCGAUCCCUGGGGCAACGAGGCCUCAGUCGUCUUCUCCUCCCGCACCCGCAGCUGGGUCAAGAAUGGCUCGCUGCGCUACAGAUUUGCCUGGCCCUACACCGACGGCAUUGCCGCCGGGCGGUUCGCUUACUGGCGGUCCGAUGGUUAUUAUUGCGGAGCGAAAGAGGAGAUAUUGGUGGUUGUGGUCGUACAUAACCGUGCCGGUCCCUGUCGGCGAAUCCUACUGCGUGGCGCACAUGGCGGAGCACGGCGGGCUGUGCUUCGUGUCCAGCAAGGAGCAAUGCGUGCUGCUCUGGGUCCGUGACGCCAAUGGUGGAUGGGUGGUCAAGCAGGAGGUCUCGCUGCUGACUCAGUUUCCCUCCCUGAGAAGGCUUCGUCGUGACCAAUGGAUGAAGAGGGUGCGCAUCCUGGCAAUGAAAGCUGGCUAUGUCUACAUGGAGUUCUGGUCCAUAAGGAAGACUGACUCCUAUUUUCUUGUGCUCAAUCUCAACACCGUCAAGCUGGAAAUAUUUCUCAACAAUGGGCUCAACAAUGAGGGUAAGCCUUACAGAGGCCCUGCUUUUCCGUUCUUUCUGCGGAUGGCACCUCUGCCUGCCGCAGAUGAUGACGAGAAGCUUCAAGAUGCUUGAUAACAUGGACUAGGUCAAGUUGCUAGAAGUAACUUAAUUUGGAGCAUGAGGGCAUCAUCCACUCAUCCUGUCGAAAUGGAACUGCAGCAGCAGAUUGGCACAUGUUUUCUGUUUGUCAUGGG